CACCAGUCCGACGCGCGCACUUCUGCCGACGUCAUUUGUGUUUUUCCGGUGUGACGGGACGCGCGCAGCUGCAAAUGGUCGGAGUGUUCGUAACUUGGGCAGACGAAGCAAACUGAAAAGAACAGAAGGAACUGGGCUCUUUGAAUCUCCUUUUCAUUUGGCCCAAUGACUGACACGAAGGAGGCAUCCAAAGAAGCUCCGCCAUAUGAGGACAAUCCGCAAUCUCAUGAAUCCCACAACUCCUCCAAAGUAACCAGCACAGUGACCCCAGCGACUUCCAAAUCGGCGGCCUUGUGUCCAAGAGUCCUGAUGCCCGAGCAGCUGGAGAAGCUUCACAAUGAUGCAGUUUUGGUCUCCGACUUCAAGCAGUUAAAGCUUGAGAAAGAAGCGCAGAAGAACUGGGAUUUGUUCUAUAAAAGAAACAGCACCAAUUUUUUUAAAGACAGGCACUGGACGACGAGGGAGUUUGAGGAGCUCAAGGCGUGCAGACAGUUUGAAGCUCAGAAGUUGGUUCUUCUUGAAGCCGGUUGUGGAGUAGGUAACUGCUUGUUCCCUCUUUUAGAAGAAGACCUGAAUCUGUUUGUGUAUGCCUGUGAUUUUUCACCACGAGCAGUCGACUUUGUAAAACAAAAUCCUUUGUAUAAUGCUAAGCAGUGCAAGGCUUUUCAGUGCGACCUCACUAAAGACGAUUUGUUGGAAAAUAUUCCUUCUGAGUCCGUAGAUGUGGUGACACUCAUAUUUGUGCUAUCGGCUGUCCACCCGGACAAAAUGCACCUUUUGCUGGAAAAUAUUUAUAAGGUCCUGAAGCCGGGUGGGUGCGUUUUAUUCCGGGACUAUGGUCUUUAUGAUCAUGCAAUGAUGAGGUUUAAAACUGGAAACAAGCUGGGAGACAAUUUUUACGUCCGACAAGAUGGGACAAGGUCGUUCUUCUUUUCUGAUGAUUAUUUAGCCCAGCUUUUCACACGAGCCGGCUAUGAGGUCCUGGUGAACGAAUAUGUCCUGCGCAAAACGGUCAAUAAAAAGGAGGGUCUGAGCGUCCCCAGGGUGUUCCUGCAAAGCAAAUUUAAGAAGGUGAUGACAGGGACGUAGUGUCCGGCGGAUCUUUUGAACUGGCUGCUGUCGGGGAGGCGUUUACUUUUUUAUUUCUUUCUGAAGUGUCCAAUUCCUCCAUUUGUUUUAUUAAACGUAUUGAGAUU